AUGCUACUGUACAAGCAGCUCCGUGCCAUGGUUCCGUCAGUGUCCCACUCCCGCGCUUCACUGUUGUCUACGUCCAGCAGCUUCAUCCGGAUAGCCCGUCCGCUUUCUAGCUCAAGCAUCGAGCGUGACACCGGACCUGUGGGAGUUGCACGCGCGAUCGCAGCAGCUACGAACCCCGAGAUAAGCACGUCUCAGGCUACCUCAACCUUGUUUACUCGCGAGCUAGCGCUCACCGAUCGGGUCGCAUUCGUCACCGGGGCGAACCGGGGGCUGGGACUCGAAAUGGCGAUGGCGAUGAUGACCGAGAGCGAUGGCAAACAGAGACGCUUCCAUUACGUGCAAGGCGACGUCCGCGAUCAGGCGAAUAUGUGGGAAAUCGCGAGGGAGAUAGGCAACAAAGAGGGGCGAUUCGACGUCGGCGUUGCUGCUGCGGGGAUUGAGAAGGGCGGUAUACCAGCUACGCAGUUUCCGGAGGGUUCGUUUCGAGAUGUGAUCGAUGUCAACCUGAAUGGCGUUCUGUACAGCGCUCAGGCUGCAGGGCAGCAGAUGGAGCGUUUUGCCAACGGCGGCAGCAUCAUCCUGAUCGCAAGCAUUUGCGGUCAUAUUGCGGUCAAGCCCAUUUAUCAAGUUGCAUACCACUCGGCGAAGUCUGGAGUGCUCCAAAUGGCCAGGACGAUGGCGUGCGAACUGGGCUCGCAGAAUAUCCGAGUCAAUUCAAUCAGCCCCGGGUUCAUCAACACAACGAUGAUUGAAGAGGUGUACCGAGUUCCUGAGCUGCUCCAAUACGUCGAGUCGUUGAACCCACUUGGGAGGAUCGGGCGGCCUGAUGAACUGAGAGGCGUCGCAACGUGGCUCGCUAGCGAUGCCAGCUCGUUUUGCACUGGAAGCGACAUCAACGUGAGCGGCGGUUCCACGGCAUGGUAA